AUGGUAGUCGAAAAGAAAGAUACGGUUGUUAAUGAGAGAGAGAAAGAAGUGAACAAAGUUGACACUACUAAACCCGCUACGGAAUCCUCCGAAAUCACGAAAAAAAGUAAAAGAACAAGAAGGAGGAACUACGAUGACUACGAUGCUGAGGUGAACAAAGACGAACAAGACUCGAAGAAACAGAAACAAAAGGGGACUGUAUCGGACCAAACUAAAGCAACCUCUACAAAUCUAGGUGACGAUGACGAUGACGAUGACGACGACGAUUCUGAUAUUGACGAUGCCAAAUUAGACCAAUUUGUUGGUGUAGAGGAGGAAGACGAAGACGAUCUAGCUGAAAUUGACACUUCAAACAUUAUCACUGGUGGUAGAAGAACCCGCGGGAAGAUUAUCGAUUACAAGAAAACAGCGAAAGAAUUGGACGCUAAAUCCGGUGGGACGAGCACUACAGGUGAUACUGAGGAGGAAGAGACAGAUGACGCGGACUUCAAGGCGUAA